UGUAGCUGUAAAUAUGACACAUCAGUCUUCAGUUAUAAUGCUCAACAAUUUUAAAUUUUAUUUGUUACCUUUUGAAGAUCAAUUCAAACACUUUAAAGCAUCAUAAGAGGUAGUUUACACGGUAUUUUUCUUAGUGUACCUGUAAAUAUGACACAUCAGUCUUCAUCAAUAUGCUCAACAAUUAUAAUUAUAAACUUUAGAUUAAUUUCAUUUUAUUUAUUACUUUUUGAAGAUCAAUUCUAUAAAUACCCUCCUUCCCUUCGUUUAACUCACUCACAACUCUCCCUCAUUUUCUACAUACACACACACUUCUUCUUCCCAUUGUUCAUAUUUUUUCUUCUUCAGAUUUUCCAAAUGGCUGGUGUUGAGGUUGAGAAAAUAGUACAAAACACAGAGGACAAGACAACGACCCAGCCAACGAUCGAGACGUCUAAGGAAACUCUUCAUGCUGAUGAUGACUCAACCACGGCGGUUGAAGUUGAAAUCAAAGAAGAAACCGAGACAGCUCCGGUGAAAGAGGAUAAACCGGUUGAAGUUCCGGCAGCUGUGGAGGAGAAAGAUGUUAAGUCGGCGGCAGAAGAGGAGAAGACUGUUGAAGUCCAGACAGUGUAAUAAGUUUUUUUUUUAACCCAUGAGAACAUUUCCUUUUCCUUUUUGUUAAAUCCUUAUAUUUCAUGAAAUAUAAGGUGAUGAGUUUCGGGUAUUAAUAAGAUAAUUCAUAUGCUAGUAUGAUUAUUGUAAUGAUAUUUAAUAUAAUAAUUUUCUGGUU